ACGCUGCACUUUCCUUCGCGACGAGAUGCUUCAACGAAAUUUGCAAGUGUCUCCCAGAUGUUUAUUUAAGGUGGCACUGCCGAUGCGAAAGUCGACGCCUGUCACGUGAACUCAUCUAUGUAAAUACGCAUUUGAAUUAUAAUGCUCGUAAAAUACGCACGCUGUAUUUUCCUUCGUAACAAGAUGGCUCAACGAGAUUUCUAAGUGCCUCGCGGAUACUUAUAUUUAAGAGAAAUGACGUUAUUAAAAGCGCUGUUUUCGAAUUAUCAUCCAUUCGUCAUUUGAGAGCAAUUGGAGCAUCGUCACUUGGAUGGGUAAUUCUAACGUCAAGGAAAACUAUCAUAAUUAUCAGCAGUAUGAUAGUCAGUAUAGUCUUAGCAAUUUACUUGCUGGAAGCUGCGUCUCAACAACACAGGCUUCUAACGAAGAACAAAGAUCAUUAUUCCGAACUUCUCAUAAAAGUUGGACCAAUGGCACUGUGCAGAAUAUUUACGCAUCUUCCAAAACAGUAUGGCCAGUUCCACGCUUUCAAUCAAUCUUUCUACCAGAAUUUUCCAUUAAAGAGAUACCUAUGAAGACAGGAUAUAAUUUCUUAGAUAUAAUAGCUAAAGGCACUUAUGGAAAGGUAUAUAAAGUGCAGAAACAAGAGACUGGUCAAGUCUUUGCACUGAAAGUUAUUAGUAAAGCCAGGAUUGUAGCAGAAAAUGCCGUCAAACAAGCCAAAGAGGAGGUGGCAAUACAGAGAAUGGUUGGGCAUCAUCCUUUUAUAGUAAGCUCUAUUCACAGAUGGCAAAGCAAGAAAACUUUGUAUAUAUUAAUGGACUACAUUUCUGGAGGAGAAUUAUUUUCACUAGUUGAUGAGUAUGGUUGUUUACCUGAAGAAAUAGUUAGGAUAUAUGUAGCUGAAAUUGCCUUAGCUAUAGAUUUCCUACACAAUGCUGGCAUAGUGCACAGAGAUCUGAAAACAACAAACAUUCUUCUUGAUGAAGAUGGCCAUGCUGUGAUAAUUGAUUUUGGUUUUGCCAAAUGGUUGCAACGCACAGAACGUACAAAUACAUUAUGUGGGACACCUCUUUAUAUGGCACCUGAAAUCUUAAAAAAAGAAUACUAUGGACAGGAAGUUGAUUGGUGGUCACUGGGUAUCUUAACCUGCUUUCUACUUACAAAUGAGUAUCCGUCCACUUUAUCGUCCGACUUUUUAUCUGAUCAAGACGAUCUGAAUUGCGUGAAUGUACCGGGCACCUUACCACCGAAUGCGGAUAUUUCACCAGCAGCGAGAGAUCUUCUGAAACGGCUCCUACAACCGGACCCUCGUCUCAGACUCCGAAAUCUCCUGAGUCUUCAGCGGAUCGCUUUUUACAUGGGCUACGACGUUCAAAGUUACAUGCUAAAAAAGGAAUCGCCAUUCCGGAUUCUAAGGGCGAGUAAUCGAUGGAAAACACAGAAACAAAAGGUGGAUUCCUUUGAUCACGAAUUUGCGAAUUUUGAGUCAUUUCCAGACGCUACGCAAACGAGUCAUCAAUGAUCUCAUUAUAUAGUAUAAUGUGUAUAUACCAUUCUCUCUAAUUACUAAUUAUAUAUGUAUACGUAUGUCUUUUUAAAAAUACUUUUAUUGCAUAUUAUGUUUCAAGGCGCACGCUUGAAAUGUAUAAUGCAUAGCAAAUUAUUUUUGAUAAAAUUUGCAUUAGAAUAGUUUUUUUUAUAUAAAUAUUGAUUGCAUAUUUGGAGCGAUGGAUUCGUAAGUUAAUUAUAUAAUUUAUUCAACGAAUCUCAAAUAGAUUUUCGAAAAAAGAACGACCUAAAGAAUGCAAUUAAUUUUAAUACAUUACUCAGGUAUAACAAUAUGUGAUAAAAUUCAAUAUAUUAAAUAGAAACGUAUCUUGAUUUUUCUA